AUGGACACUUUACAUGAAUCGAUUUCGCUAGAAGACUUCGUAAUAGCUACAACUUCUCAGGCAAACUCAGGGAUGACAAUGCAUCACUUGGACUCGCUACCCAGUGUCCCCUCCGAAGGGGGACUUACGUCCCCCUCCGCGCACGUGGGAAUGGUUGAUAGUCUUUCCCCAAGCUCCACCGACACCUCUAUAGAAAAACUCCACACAGAUUCCAGCGAGAAUUCGAAAACGAAAUCAGAAGACAGCGGAACAGAGGAAGAUAAAAAGAAGAAAAGACAAAGAAGACAACGAACACACUUUACUAGUCAGCAACUACAAGAAUUAGAGGCGACAUUUGCUAGAAAUCGUUACCCUGACAUGGCAACACGUGAAGAAAUAUCUGCCUGGACAAAUCUAACAGAAGCUAGAGUUAGGGUGUGGUUUAAAAAUAGAAGAGCCAAAUGGAGGAAAAGAGAAAGAAAUAUGGAAUCGUUUAAAACAGGAUUCGGUUCUCAGUUCACCGGGCUAAUGCAGUCACCGUUUGAUGACACUUUGUACAAUGGGUACCCAAACAACUACUGGGCCACAAAAGUACCCAGCCCUUUAGGAUCAAAGUCGUUCCCUUGGGGUCUGAACUCAGUCAAUCCCCAUUUAUCCUCUGUUGUCUCCACGCAGCCAAUGUGUUUUUCAGCACCCUCAAGUAGCAUCAAUAACUCUAUGGUGGCAAAUGUGCCCAACCUUCCUAGCAACAUGACCAACACGGGUGCACCUUGCCCUUAUGCCCCUCCGGCUCCUCCAUACAUCUACACCCCAAAUAGGGAUCAGUGCACGAACAGUAUCGCUUCUCUAAGACUCAAAGCCAAACAUCAUUCUUAUGGCUAUCCACCCGUCAAUCCAAGACAACCCACACUGUCGGCCUGUCAGUAUGCAACAGUAGGUAAUGGCGGUGCUGUAUGA